AUGACUCAAAGCACACCACAGGUUGAGCCCGGGAACCGCAUGACUCAAAGCACACCACAGGUUGAGCCCGGGAACCGCAUGACUCAAAGCACACCACAGGUUGAGCCAGGGAACCGCAUGACUCAAAGCACACCACAGGUUGAGCCCAGGAACCGCAUGACUCAAAGCACACCACAGGUUGAGCCCGGGAACCGCAUGACUCAAAGCACACCACAGGUUGAGCCAGGGAACCACAUGACUCAAAGCACACCACAGGUUGAGCCAGGGAACCACAUGACUCAAAGCACACCACAGGUUGAGCCAGGGAACCGCAUGACUCAAAGCACACCACUGGUUGAGCCCGGGAACCGCAUGACUCAAAGCACACCACUGGUUGAGCCCGGGAACCGCAUGACUCAAAGCACACCACAGGUUGAGCCCGGGAACCGCAUGACUCAAAGCACAUAA